AUGCAGAAGCGCUGGCUGGAAGCCCGAAACAAUCACACCUACGAGAACGGGCUUCGCUACUAUGGCUACAAGGCCGAAUUCCCCUUUCCCGAUGAUCAGGCCGCCCAAGAAAGCCAUAGCGCAGUCAAUUAUCUCUGGCGCAUGGUGCUAGAUGAUAAGCUCUUCGUCGCGCCGCUUCCGACACCAUUGAAGAGAAACCACAAGGUUCUUGACUUUGCUACACGGAGUGCUGAAUGGAUUGGAGACUUCCAUGACAGUGAUGAGUAUGCCGGGGCUCGCCUCACCGCUAUGGAUCCUACCUACAUGCAGCGGACUGACUGGACCUGGCUUGUGCACCAUGAUCUCGAAGGGGACUGGCCGUUCUCGGCUAAGCAGGCAUUCCAUCUCAUCCAUGCACAGUCCCUGGGUGGGCUGCUUGCAGAUUGGCAGGGUUUUUAUCGGAAUGCCUACAAGCAUCUUGUCCCUGGUGGAUGGUUGGAAGUAAAGGAACAUAAUAUUCGGCUUUGCUCUGAUGAUGGUGAUAGUGGUGUUCCGGACGCCGUACGACAGUGGCAGGAGCUGUUGGAGGAAGCGGCAGAGAAGUUUGGAAGAGGAUUAAUGUUGCGGGAAAGCAACGGGAGUGGAGGAGCGUGCUGGGUCCCACUGGGCGAGUGGAGCGAGGACCCCAAAUGGACGAGACUUGGAGGGACUUACUCCUACCAGCUGUUGAAAAGUCUAGAGGUGUAUUCUAUGCGACUAUUCACUCGUACAUUAGCCUGGUUGAAAGAGGAUACCGAUGCGCUGCUCGCCCGUGUUCGUAAGCAACUGCAGCAGGAAAACCUGCGUCUCUAUUCCUAUUUCCAUGUGGUCACAGGACAGAAACCUACCAGUGCGAAAAGGACGGUGCAUUAG